AAGCUUGGCCUGUAUUAUUGUUGAAAAGGCGGUGCUCGGAGUGCAGCUGGUGGUGACCCUACUCACGGCCACCCUUAUGCACAGGCUGGCUGCGCACUGCUCAUUCGCGCGCUGGCUGCUCUGCAAUGGCAGUUUGUUCCGAUACGUGCACCCAUCUGAGGAGGAGCUCCGGGCCCUUGCAGGGAAGCAGAGACCCAGAGGCAAGAGGGAGCGGUGGGCCAGUGAGGAGAAGCCGCUGUCCGUGCCCCGAGACGCCCCCUUCCAGCUGGAGACCUGUCCCCUCACGGCAGUGGACGCCCUGGUCCUGCGCUUCUUCCUGGAGUACCAGUGGUUCGUGGACUUCGCUGUGUACACUGGCGGCGUGUACCUUUUCACAGAGGCCUACUACUACGCUACGUGCCCGGCUCGGGAGGCCAACAUCGCAGUGUGCUGGUGCUUGCUGGCCGUCGCCUUCUCCAUCAAGGUGUUCCUGACAGUGACACGGCUCUACUUCAGCGCAGAAGAGGGCGGAGAGCGCUCUGUGUGCCUCACCUUUGCCUUCUUCUUUCUGCUCCUGGCUAUGCUGGUGCAGGUGGUUCGGGAGGAGACCCUGGAGCUUGGCCUGGAGCCAGGCCUGGCCAGCAUGACCGGGAACUUGGAGCCACUUCUAAAGAAGCAGGGCUGGGACUGGGCGCUCCCUUUGGUCAAGCUGACUGUCCGUGUGGGACUGGCGGUUGUGGGUGCCAUGCUGGGUGCCUUCCUUACCUUCCCAGGCCUGCGGCUGGCCCAGACCCACUGUGAUGCACUGAUGAUGGCAGAGGACCGGCCUGGGCUGCAGCUCCUCCUGCAUGCCAGCUUCCUGUCACCUCUGUUUGUGUUGUGGCUCUGGACCAGGCCCAUUGCCCGGGACUUCCUGCAGCAGGCACCUCUUGGGGGGACGUCCGUCUCCUUGCUGUCAGACGAGGCCUUUGACUCGGUGCGCCUCUGGGUGCUGGUGGCACUGUGCCUGCUGAGGCUGGCAGUGACGCGGCCCCACCUGCAGGCCUAUCUGGGGCUUGCCAAGGUGCGUGUGGAGCAGCUGCGGCGGGAGGCCGGCCGCAUUGAGGCCUGUGAGAUCCAGCGGCGGGUAGUCCGAGUGUACUGCUACGUGACGGUGGUCAGCCUGCAGUACCUGACGCCUCUCAUCCUCACCCUCAACUGCACGUUGCUGCUCAAAUCACUGGGCGGCUACUCCUGGGGCCUGGGCCUGGCCCCUACACUGCCCCCCGUCCCAUCCUCAGCUGAUGCUGCCUCUGCUGGCCCUGAGGGGGACUCGGCCCAGGAGACAGCAGCCCAGAUUGUGGGCGCGCUGGGUGGCCUGCUCACACCCCUGUUCUGCCGUGGCAUCCUCUCCUUCCUCGUCUGGUGGACAGCUGCCUGCCAGCUGCUCUCUAGCCUCUUUGGUCUCUACUUCCACCAGCACCUGGGGGGCUCCUAGCCAUCCUGCGUGAGCCUCAGGGGUCCUGCUGCUACUGUGUGCCCCACACCACAGUGCCUGAGCUGGGGUCUGCCUUGGAACCUUGAAGCCAUCUCCCCAGCCAACGGCCUCUGUUCUCUGAGCAUGCAUCCCCACAGGACAGCAGCGUGAGGGCCACACU